CGCGGGGACCAAUGAUAUCGCGUUUCCCGUUAUUCAACAUUUCAAAUCUAAAUUUCACAAUUAACAUUCUAAGCCUUCGUUGAUUCAGUUCUCCUUAUUUUUUACAGCAAACAAGUAGAAAGAAAAACAGUUUUAAUUCAAAGAGGCGAUGGCAUUCAAAUUCAAAGAAUUUCUUUCCAAAAACUGGAUCCAUUUGCUGGUAUUGGUAUCUGUGAUUGCAAUUUUUGUUAUGGAAAUUGUGCAGCUGAGACAGUCACGAACAUUUGUGGAUACUUCUACUCCGGAAUAUAUUGGAAGGAUAAAGUUUCCAGGAUAUUUCCGAACUGAAGAAGAACAAAAGACUUGGGCGAAGCUAACUCCAGGUCGUGAGUUGGUAGGAAGUGUAUGUUGCCAAUCAAAUGUUUCUUGGACAACUCCGAUUCAAAUGGAAGACAUCACAGGAAAUAUGCGAGACAUUGCACAAUACCAAAAUCUGAAACAAUUUUACUAUACAAGUCAAUGCAACUUGUCGCGGCUUCAGACCUUCUAAGGUCUGGCCGUUGACCACGUAACACCAACCAGCCAGUUUCCAGCGACGACAUCAACACCACCGUUCAACUGUUUACUACAAGCUUCGUCGCCAACGUCAACACGACGUUUCUACGUACACAAGCUACCAACAGCAACCGCAGCUUCUCUCAACACUGUUUGUGUGAAUUGUUUUAUCACGAAAUAACAGCCAGAAUUCAACACCUGCGAGAAACCCCUGUAUCAAGUAACCGGCUCGGCAUAGAAGCCUCAACUUCACGACAUGUGACUUAGCUCUGCCUCGACGUCACAACCUCUUAUAUACAGACUUUCAAUUUACUGUGUACCUUAACUGAGAACUAGUAUUUCUUAUCCUUGUGUUCAGGACGCUGAACGUCCUUGUUACAGACUCUUUUCUAUGCUCUGUAUGCUGUUGCAUUCACAUGCACAUAUUUGUAUACAUACACUCUUUUGUUUACACGACGGCUUGUCAUAUAUUGUGUUAUUAUGCCACAUUCACUCACGCACAGACAUACAGUUUAAUGCUCUAAUAAAACUUUCUCUAUAUUCGUCUUUA